AUGGUUCGCUCGGUCUUUGUCGGAACUCUUGGCCUUUUGCCGUUCGUUGUUGCUCAGCUGGGCAGCUCUCAGUGGGAUGCCGCAUAUACCAAAGCACAAGCGGCCGUGACGAAACUCUCGCAGAGCGACAAGGUGAAUCUUGCGACGGGGACCGGGGUUCUCGGUGGCAAUUGUACAGGCAACAUCAAGCCGAUCCCGAGCAUUGGCUUUCCCGGACUUUGUCUGGAAGAUAGUCCGCUGGGCGUCCGGAGCACCGACCUUGUCUCUGCCUUUCCUGCCGGAAUCAAUGCGGCCGCCACAUUCAGCCGAGAUCUGAUUCAACAGCGCGGUGCGGCUAUGGGCCAGGAGUUCCGCGGAAAGGGCGUGAAUGUACAGCUCGGACCGAUGAUGAAUAUGAUGCGGAGCCCAGACGCGGGUAGGAACUGGGAAGGCUUCGGCGGUGAUCCUUACCUUGCCGGUGAAGCCGCGUUCGCAACCGUUACUGGUAUUCAGGCUCAAGGCGUGCAAGCAUGCAUGAAACAUAUCAUUGCCAACGAGCAAGAGCAUUUACGCAUGCUGGAGACCUCCAACGUAGACGACAGGACAAUCCACGAGCUGUACCUCCAUCCGUUCUUGCGCAGCGUCCAAGCCAAUGUCGCCUCGGCAAUGUGCAGUUAUAACCAGAUCAAUGGCACCUAUGCUUGCGAGAAUGACCACAUCCUAAACGAUUUGCUAAAGACCGAGCUUGGAUUCCGGGGAUACGUCAUGUCGGACUGGUUCGCUACGCACUCUACGUCCACCGCCGCCAACAGAGGCUUGGACAUGGAGAUGCCUGGCGGCCUCUAUGAGGACUUGCUUGGCUUUUUCGGCGGUCUCUUAGCCCUCGCAAAUGAUCUGGGGACUGUAACGGAUGACAGGCUGGACGAGAUGGCUACGCGAAUCCUUGCUGGUUGGUACCUCCUCGGCCAAGACGAGGGCUAUCCCGCGGUCAACUUCGACGCGCACGACGCGAACAGCAACGUGAAUCAACAUGUCAACGUGCAAGGGAAUCAUAAGGAUAUAAUUCGAACCAUUGGCGCGGCGUCGACUGUGCUCCUCAAAAACACGGGUGGCGUUCUCCCUCUGCAUAAGCCCAGGACCAUCGGCAUUAUUGGUAGUGAUGCUGGCUCGAACCCGAAUGGAAUCAAUGCUUGUGACUACAACGCCUGCGACUCCGGGAUCCUUGCUAUGGGCUGGGGCGUGCAGCGGGUAAUGACGUCCUCAUCUCAGAGGCCUCAUGGUCAUACUAACCUAUAUCUGUGGACGUUCAGCACGAACAACUUUCCCUAUCUGAUCACCCCCUUGGACGCGAUCACGAACCGCUCUGCCCAAGACGGUACCGUUGUCACCUCAAGCCUGUCUGAUACCGAUACGAAAACAGCCGCGAGCGUUGCAGCUGGCAAGGACUAUGCUCUCGUAUUCUUGAGUUCGGACUCGGGCGAGAACAUCGACAUCAUCGUGGAGGGUAACAUCGGCGACCGCAACGACCUGAACGCGUGGCACAGCGGAGAUGCUUUGGUGGAAGCCGUUGCCGCUGUGAACAACAACACUGUCGUGGUGGUGAACAGCGUUGGGCCCAUGACUGUCGAGAAGUGGGUCGAUCAUCCGAACGUGACUGCAUUGGUGUGGAGUGGUUUGGGUGGACAAGAGGCAGGGAACUCGCUCGUGGAUGUGUUGUACGGUGCAUACAACCCCAGUGGUCGCCUCCCGUACACCAUCGCGAAGGAUCCCGACGAUUAUGCUGCUCACUGGCAGCUUGCCCUCGAGAUCGACUACACUGAAGGGCUUUUCAUCGACUACAAGCACUUUGACAAGGCUGGUAUCACGCCUCGGUUUGAGUUCGGAUUCGGGUUGUCCUAUACGACGUUCGCGUACUCUGGUCUUAGCAUCUCGGGCUCCGUCGGCUCGUACACGCCGCCUACUGGUGCCGGAUCGUCGCUUGAUUCAUCAUUGCAUGAGAAGGUCUUCACUGUGACCUUCACCGUCAGGAACAACGGGACGGUGGACGGGCAUGAGGUGCCGCAGCUGUACCUCAGCAAGCCAGCAUCGGCGAACUCUCCUCCCAAGGAGCUGAAAGGCUUCGACUACAUCGCCCUCAACUCGGGAGCGUCGUCCACGGUCGCGAUACAGCUCUCCCGCUACGACCUUUCGAUUUGGGACGUCGUGUCGCAACGGUGGAUCAUCCCCAAUGGGACGUUCACUGUUUCCGUUGGCGCGAGUAGCCGUGAUAUCCGAUUGACGGGCACUUUCCAAGUAUGAAGGUCCCACCUCCACCAUCAUCAGCACUAUGGACAUUUACUGAACGGGGACCGCGCUGUUUUGCUAUUUUGCUAUGACGUUACCGCUCUUUCAUCUCUUUUGGUUUAAACACAGAUAUAAUACCACAUGUACAGAUCGAGAAGGACGUUCCUCGAAGUACAUCUCUCCACAGUCCUUACCCAGUCCUUAUUUCAUAGUGGGAAAUCAAUUCAG